CAUCAUGUGGUUAUGAUGAGAUAAACCUACCAUCUACAUCUUUAUCUAUAUAAAUAGUUAUAUGUAUAUGUACCCAUAAGCCCAUUUCAAUUUCUGCUUGCCUAGAGAUAGAGGCAGGAAAUAGCAAGAAUGGUGGUGAAGGUAUAUGGUCCCAACUAUGCUUCCCCCAAGUGCGUGAUUGUAUGUCUUAUCGAGAGGGGUUCCAAUUUCAAGUUUGUCUCAAUUGAUGUCUUCAAAGGUGAGAAUAAAACACCUGACUAUCUCCAGUUGCAGCCUUUCGGGCAUGUUCCUGUCAUACAAGAUGGAGAUUACACUCUUUUUGAAUCCAGGGCUAUCAUGAGGUACUAUGCGGAAAAAUACAGGCCUCGGGACUGAAUUAUUGGGAAAGACAGUGGAGGAAAAAGGUCAAACAGGGUAAUGGCUAGAAGUCGAAGCACACGAAUUCAGCCCACCAGUUCAAAAUUUAGUAAUUCAUGUAAUGUUUACCUC